AUGGCCACCUACAAUUACCUGAGUACUCGACAUUCCAUUCCAAUAACUCUUCAAGUACCAAGCACAACAAUCAACUCAACUCCAUCGCAUUCUGGUACUCCCCCAGACCGGACACCAUAUUUUGUUUCACAACAGAAAAACUGUGAAGAAUUCAGCGCUAUGUCGGCCAACACAGCAUUUUUGCAACACAAUGGCAUGGAGUUUCUCAAGGAUGAUGAAACUGCAGACAGGAAGAUUCAAGAUUUGGCGAAUUUCCCCGAGAAAUACAGAUUAAGAUCUUCAAAAACGCGCUUCCUGACCCGCGCAUUGUCUAUCUCGGAUGAACUCAUGUUUUUGAACCAUGAAGAGGAAGUCACCUGGGUUCAUGCGAGCGUGGAUAAAACCGGGACACUAGGCCUCCUACCUUUACUUGAAACAUGCACAACAUCAAAUGCCUCAGUCUAUUUUGGAGAUGGAUUUACUAAGAUCAAGAUUGAGCCUCUGAAUAGUCGCCCACACACAGCCAACAAGCCAUAUCUUCGUUUCGGCUACAAGGACGGGGGCGAUAAAGCUCUCAAAUAUACUUAUAUGAGACUUUCUGAAGAUAUUAUUGUGGUGGAUUAUGAUUCAUUACACCUUUAA